AUUGAGAAGGCUUUCCAGAAGCAGCAGGGUAUCUUCCAGAACGCCAAGGUUACCGGCAAGAAGUCGGUCAAGAGCAACCGCUGGUACAAGGAGGUCGGUCUUGGUUUCAAGACCCCCAAGGAGGCCAUUGAGGGUCACUACAUCGACAAGAAGUGCCCCUUCACCGGCGAUGUCUCGAUCCGUGGCCGUAUCCUCAACGGAGAGAUUAUCUCGACCAAGAUGAAGCGCACCAUCAUCAUCCGUCGCGAGUACCUCCACUUUAUCUCCAAGUACAACCGUUAUGAGAAGCGCCACAAGAACUUGGCUGCUCACAUCUCGCCUUGCUUCAUCGCAGUCCAGCAGGGUGACUCUGUCACUGUUGGUCAGUGCCGCCCCCUUUCCAAGACCGUCCGCUUCAACGUCCUCAAGGUCCAGAAGAAGGUUGUCAAGGGUGCCAAGAACUUCGCCAAGUUCUAAAU